GGAAUUUGGCCAUGAUUGGGUCCGUUGCGUCCCCCCGAAAACAGGAAGUUUUCAGAGAGUUACAGGCUAGCUAGCUCACUAGCCUGCGGGGUACAUACGCAUUUUUUUCAUGUUUCAACAAGUGUUUAAAUCGUGUGGACUAUCAGCCUUGCCACAGACGACAAACGAUAAGCUCAGCAGUAACUCACCGUAACAUGAAGUUAUGGAGGAGCGAAAGCUAAAGAGAAAGAGUCCCAGGAUCUCCACCAGCACCGCGGCUCCGACCGGUGGCUCUGGCCGGAAAACCACCGCUUCCUCCGGGGGACGGCACGUCGGCUCAAGCCAUAACGCGGGGAGCCAAAAGAGCAAAAAUAGGAGGGGAGUUCGAGACAAACCCAGGCAGCAACUGGGUUUAGGUGGUAGAUCUAAUCAGAAGCAGGGCCAGACAGCACCUACCAUCCAGCACUCCUUUCUGACUGAUGUGUCAGAUGUACAGGAGAUGGAGAACGGCCUGCUCAGUCUCCUCAACGACUUCCACUCAGGGAAACUACAAGCAUUUGGCAAUGAGUGCUCCAUUGACCAGAUGGAGCAUGUGAGAGAGAUGCAGGAAAAGCUGGCUCGUUUGCACUUUGACCUUUACAGCGAGGUGGAUGAAAUGCCAGAGGACCAGAAGAAAGUGGCCUGCGACACCAACAUGGACAAAUUACUUCUUAAUCUUGAGGAGCUGAGUUCUUCGAUUCAGAAACUGAAUCUAGCUGACUCCCAAGACAUUCCGAGGACUGCCAGUAUUUGAUUUUCUAUUUUCUUGUCAACCCCAUCUGACUCACCCCCCAUGUCACCUGGAGGGGCUGCAAUGGUUAAGGUGGAGUUGAAGCAAUCUUGAGGCACUAUUGCUCUUAAGUUUUGUGGCAGAAAUGGCAAGAAAGCUGUUCACCAGUGUUCCCGGUCUGUACAGCUGGAUGGACGUAUUGUAUGAUGUCACAACAGGGAUGCACUAACAGCCUUUUUUCCCCCCACUGCUAACAGUGAGUGGUACUGGCUAAUAUGGAGUAUAAAAUAGUUCUAAUCUUACCU